UGUUUUAGUCUAUAGAUUAUUUUUUUUCAAUCUGUGGACGCAUUGGUAUAAUUUAAACGCAUUGGCACGAUUGAUCUGUUUUAUUCAUCUUCACUGCGUCAAUAAUGGGAAACAGAACAAGCAAAAAUUCAAUAAAGACAUUAGCUAGGACCUAUGCAACGGAACUGAGAACGUACGCGACUGCAUGUAAAGAAGACACGGAGAUCCAGUCUUUCGACACGCGUGUGCUGGCUCGGACAGGUCACGUGAUAAACACGCUAGCUAAGGGGGUUAAGGAUCGAGCGCUCUCGUUUGAUUCUUUGAAAGUAGCGAUGGAGAGUUUAUUGGAGAUGAACCAAGAAGUGGUGAAAGUGAUCUUGGAUUGCAAGGAAGACAUAUGGGAAAAUAAAGAAAUGUUUGAGAUCGUUGAAGAUUUCUUUGAUACUAGCUUGAAGACGCAAGACUUCUGUAAUGCUUUGGAGAGAGGCCUGCAACGGAUUCUUACUAGUCACCUUUUGAUUCGAGGUGUUCUUCCGCAGUUGGAAGAAGAGAGCCAGCUUGUUCAAGGUGGGAACGGAUACAAGAAGACACUUGAAAAGCUGAUGAAAUUCAAAGACGCAGUGAGUCCUUUAGGCGAAGACUUCGUCAACCUGUUCCAAUCUGUUUACAAACAACAGAUGCUGAUGCUUAAGAAGCUUCAGCUACGUAAGUACAAGCACAUCCACACAUUGCGAAAACUUUCCAGCAUCAUCUUUGUGGCUACCUACGCCACUGUGCUCAUCUGCUCUGUUGUGGUUGCGGCUAUGUCUGCUCCUCCUGUGGUUGCGGCUCUCUCUACUACCUCAGUGACACUGGGUAUCAUGGGGAAAUGGAUCGACUCGCUGUGGAAGAACUAUGAGAAAGCACUCAAAGCACAUAAAGACGUGAUCAGUUCGAUGCAGGCAGGGACAUAUGCAGUGAAAGAUUUGUAUGAUAUUCGGUUUUUGAUCCAAGAGUUGGAUACUGAGAUCAGGAGUAUAAAUAAGAAUGACGACUAUGUGGUGGAGCAUGCUGCAGUCAAGAUGGGGAUCAAUGCCAUUAAUAGGAUUCUUGAGGUUUCUAAGAAGAAUAUAGAGAAACUGGGGAUUCUUGUGGAUUUAUGCAGCAGAGAUAUUACAAGGGCAAGGACUGUGAUUCUCCAGAGGAUCAUCAAUCACCCCAAUAAUGGUAGUAGCAGCACCUGAAAAAUAUACACAUCCUAAAAGAACUCAGUUCUCUCUUCUUAAGCUUUCAGCUGCAAAUAGUCAAAUGCUCGAAGACUCUAUAAACAGUCGUACAGAUUCUUUCUGAGUUUAUAAUAUCAAUGUUCAAUAACUCAAACUGUUUAUGAUGACUGUUGCAUAUUUUGUAUUCUUUUAUGAUUGACAUUUGAAACAAAGGAAGACAUGUCUUUUCACAUUUGAGACUAUCAGUAAAUGAUGGU